AUGAAGUGGCUCUCUCUUACCACGCUGGCGCUCUUCGCGCCCAGCCAUGCUCUCAUCCGUUUCCCUUGCGCUCAGUUGGUUGUUGACCGUCUUGAUCCAUUAGUCAAUCCCGGCUUAAUCCCUUCGCCGCAUCUUCACCAGAUCGUAGGAGGCAACUCAUUCAACGCAAGCAUGGACCCGGCUAAGGAUAUGCCUGGCGAGUCUACUUGCACGACAUGCCAGUUCAGUGAAGACUUUUCAAACUACUGGACGGCAGUAUUAUAUUUCAAGGCCCGAAAUGGGACGUACAAGCGAGUUCCUCAAAUGGCUAACUCCGGGUUUGACGGUGUCAAUGCCGGCAUGACUGUUUACUACAUGCAAGACGGCCUUUACAACUUCCAGCAGACCUCUAAGGUUACAGCUUUCCAGCCUGGUUUCCGCAUGUACAUUGGUAACGUCAACGCUCGUUCUCGCGAAGAGAUGGAGCGUUUUCGUCAGCUUACCUACACUUGUCUUCAGGACAUCAACACCCGUGAUCCCCAGAUACUUGACUUCCCUAAUGAGCCUUGCCCAUACGGCAUAAUGACGGCGUUAAGAUUCCCCACAUGUUGGGAUGGAAAGAAUCUUGACUCUGCCGAUCACAUGGCGCACAUGGCCUAUCCCGAGAGCGGUACCUUCGAGACAGGUGGCCCUUGCCCGGCAUCGCAUCCCGUUCGGAUGAGCCAACUCUUUUACGAGGUUAACUGGGAUACUCGGCAGUUCAACAACAAGGAAGACUGGCCCGAGGAUGGAUCCCAGCCUUUUGUCUGGUCCUUUGGUGAUUUGACUGGUUAUGGCAACCACGGUGACUACGUCUUCGGAUGGCAGGGUGAUGCGCUCCAGCGUGCUCUAGAUCAGCCUUGUUACAUCAACUGCCCUACGCUCAAGACCCAAAAUACCCAGGCGAUGAAUGCAUGCAGCAAAGAAAGAGUUGUCACUGAAGACAACAUUGACGAUUGGGUUGAGACUCUACCUGGUGGAAUGGUUGCGGGCAUGUAA